GUCAUAAGGUGAAUGCACCAAUUUGUAAGUCGCUCUGGAUAAGAGCGUCUGCUAAAUGACUUAAAUGUAAAUGUAGAGAGUCUGCUGGUGGUGUUGCUGUCUUUUUUUGCGUGUGUGUACUGUGCAUCUAGGAAAACAUAUUUGCUGAUACAGAAAGAUGCACUGGCUAUCUCUAUCUGUAUGUAGGCUUACUUUGGGCACUGAUCCAUGGUUCUGUAUGUCAUCAGGACUGUUCCACAAGGCAAUCAGUCAGAGUGGAGAACCCCUCGUCUCUAUGUUCAUCCAGGAUGACCCCAAACCUGCUGCACAGCUGGUGGCACAGAGAGCAGGCUGUCUCAGUGAUGACUCUGCAGAGCUCAUGACCUGCUUCAGUGGCCUCAGCCCACAGGACAGAGGGGUGGCUACACCUGCACUGACCAAGAGCUUCUUGGGCUUCCCCAGCAUCCUAGGGAUCAAUAACCAUGAGUAUGGCUGGAUGCUCCCACAUGUAUGUCCCUGCAUGAAGAUAUGAAAACUGUCAUAUAUAAUUUACAGGUAAAUG